AUGGAUUUAAAUAUUGGUGUUUCAAAAUCAUCCAAAAGUGAUUCUCUUUCCCGAUAUUAUACUACAAUUGAAGGUGUGAUGAUUGAAUACAUUAAAACCCACAGCCAAGUAAAAUUGAGUGAUCUAUUAGAAUUUAUGGACCUUAGGAAAAAAGGGCUUAGGAAUGUUUACUCCAGAAAGUAUAAAGUGAAGUGCAUUGGAGAAUUGGCUAUAGCAAAGUUGACUUCUAAUAGAAAGAUAUUUAAAGAAAGCACUAGCGGAGUUUGAACAAUUGAUGUAAUUCUAACUUAGUCUAACGCCUCUUUAGAGUAUGAACAGCAAAAAAUCAAAGAAAUAGAAGAAAUACGAAAAAGGAGCAACAAAGCAAGGGCUGAAUGAAAAAAAAUUUCUGAGAUUAGAAUGAAAGAAGAAGAGAAAUUCGAUAUUUUUGGAAACUUUGUUAGCGAUGAAAUCUAUAACAAACUUGAGCAAUUGGAUGAAAUCAUGAGUUCGUCUAAUCAAAAUAUCCAGAAAAAUAUUCUGGCAUUAUAUGAAGAUUAA